GCAGAGCAGGACAAGAUAUGCCCUUUCCUCGCCUGGUGGCAGUGCUGUGCUGGUACACUGCAGGGUGCAGUUGGCCUUUUGGGGCUGACAGAGCACACUGCUGAUUCGUAUUCUGCUUGUCACCAACCAGAACCCCCCCCCCUCAUCCCUUUCUGUGGGACUGCUCUCCAAACUCUCAUCCCCCAACUUGUCCAUAGAUCCAAGGUUGUCCCAUCCAAGGUGUAGAACUUUGCACUUGCUCUUGUUAAAGGUCCUGUGGUUGGUGACAAGCUGAAUACGAGUCAGCAUUCUAUUCCUCUGUCAAGACCUCUUUGCAAGGCCUUUCUGCCCCAGUUUGGUUUCAUCUUCAAACUUCCUUAGUAUACCUUCAAGUCCUUUAUCCAACUCACUGAAGAGAACUGCCCCUAAAAAGAAGCCUUGAGGAAGCCCACCAGUGACUGCCUGUCAGCCCAAUGUAUCCUGAUUAUUACAAUCCUUUGAGCCAACCUAUUAGCCAGUUGUUCACCCAUCACGUUACACUUUAGUCUAGGUGUGUCCUCCCCAUUUUGUCCAAUAGGGUGCUGUGAGAAACAGUAUUUUGCUGAAAUUGAGAACAGAUUAUACCAAGUGGCUUCCAUUGGACAACUACAUGGGUAAUGCUGCAAAAGGAAAUUAAUUUUCUUCAGUUCAACUCUCGUGCUGCUCAGCCCAAUGGAGGAGCUGCUCUGCCCCUCCUGAACCAGCCCUGUGCCCCUCUGCACAUCCCAGCAGGGAAAAUCGUGGCAGAUAUAUAAGACUGCCAAUCAUUAAAAAGGGACCCUUAACAAGGGUCCCUUUUUAAUGAGUCCUUUUUUAAUGAGUGUGUUGUAAAAGCCUGCACUACACCAUAACUCAGUGUUUAAUUGUCCUUUUUAACAUAAAAAAUACGUUUAAAGGCAGUGGGUAGCUACAGUGAUAUUUUGAAACCAAAAUGGUAGCACCACUUCCUUCUCUGUAUUGUUCUUUCUGUUCUAUGGUUUUGAUUUCAUUGUUUUUUGUUACUUGUUACCUGUUUCUCUUAUCUGAGGUUGAGUUUAUUGCCAAAAUCUCUCUUUUUUAAAUUCUUAAAUUUUUAUUAGGGACAUUUUUUUUCUGAGGCUUUUUUUUGUAUUAAUGUUAUGUAAGAUCGGAUUUAAUAUCUUGCUGCUUUUUCUUACAGAGCAAUUCUUUCCCAAUUCAGUAUUCUCUGGUGGCUGAGCUCACUAGUAUUACUUGCUCUGCUUGUUCUCACUGGGAUUUAUUCCUGAAGUAAUUUCUCCUCUGCAGAUUAUGGAUAGGCAACAUCAAUCCUAUUUUCAUUUUCAGGAAGGUGUGAAUUGGCUUAUCCAGAUUUUAAAUGAUUUGAUAUUUACAACUAUUCAGAGUAAACCUGUAAGCACAGAGCUACCAUUUAUUGAAUGUGGAGAUCCAGAUAAAUAUCAGAGGAUGAAGCAGAUUCCAUCUCCAAGGAUUUUGGCAACACAUCUGAAUUAUGAUUUCCUCCCGAAGUCUAUUUUCAAGAACAAAGCCAAGAUACUAGUGUUGUUUCGAAACCCUAAAGAUACAGCUGUUUCAUUUUUUCAUUUCCACAAGAAUGUGCCAAGUGUCCCCAGUUACAGCUCCUGGGAUGAGUUCUUCUCAGAGUUCAUGAAUGGGAAAGUUGGCUGGGGAUCUUAUUUUGACCAUGCAGUCACCUGGAACAAACACAUUGACGAUGAGAACACUAUGAUUGUAAUGUUUGAAGACCUGAAAGAGAAUCUGGCUUCUGGUGUAAAGCAAAUAGCAGAAUUCUUUGGAUUCUUCCCAACAACAGAGCAGAUCCAGUCCAUUGCAGACAGGGCUACUUUCCAGGCAGUGAAGAACAAGGCUCAGGAGACUCAUGGUGCUGUUGGCACAGUUCUUUUCCGCAAAGGUGUUGUUGGGGACUGGAAAAAUCUUUUCACUGAAGCUCAGAAUCAGGAAAUGGAUGCCAAAUUCAAAGCAUGCUUAGAAGGAACCAAGCUGGGAGCAAAGCUAAAAUAUGAUGUGUACUGCAAGGCCUGAGCUUCUGUUAAGGAGAAGUCUAACAUCUAGGCUGCAUUUUGUUCACUUUCAUGUAAUCAAAGAGAAAUUAGAACAAUAUCUGAUCUGAAAUUUUAAAAAAUCUGUCUAAUUUGCAAACAUGUUUGUGCUGUCUUGCACAAGCAAUCCUCAUUCUUACAGUUUAUAGUGUCAUUGACUUGACUGAUUUCUCUUGUUUUUUAAAACUGAUUUUUAGCCAUGAUUUUGUGUGAAAUUUAUAUGCAGUAGUUGAACCUGCUGAAAUCACUGGAAAUGUGUUCGGUAAGUUGGAAGUGACCUUCCAUGAGAUUUUUUAAGCCAAUCAUUAGGUGUCUUCUUGAUUUUCAGAUUUGGAAAUGUGUAGUAUUUCGGUUUAAAGUGAAAUUUCAGAAUGUUUUUUGUUGUAGUUGUUAUCACUUUCUCUGUAAGUUAGAAAGUUUCCACCUCUUUUGACAUGAAUAUUUUUCAUUGCUUUGGAAUAAAAAACGAUGAAUGUUAGUGGAAGUUCUAACUGAGCAAUUGAAGGGGCAGAAGUUGCUCGUGGAAGUUGGAGUGAGGAUUGAAGAACAAAGUAAACCAAAGACUAAACCAAACCAAAUCAGAAUGAAUUGUUUUAAUACCAAACAAGUGAAGUUGAUGAAGUUUUCAAACUAAUCCCAAGAUCCGUGUAAGUGGAAAAUACAGCUGUGUUCCUUAUGUAUUUGCUUCAGCUGUAAUAGGCCCUACUGGAACAGUAGGUUAAUGUCAUUGUUAAGAAAUAUAUAAAAGGAAAUUCAAAAGAUUCUGAUUGAAGAUGAUGUUGAAAAAGGAAUACUAAUCUCUAGUAAAGCAGGUUGCAUGAAUUGCUUGACCAAUAACAGCCAUUCUACCUGCUUAAACUGCCAUCUUUUUCCAUUUAAGAUUUUUCUGAAGUAUUCCAGGACAGUUAAAGAGAAAAUUCUGUAUCAAGAUGCUAAAUAGACUACUUUUAUGUUUUUACACCUUUAGAUCAGCAAGAUUAUUUAAGAUAAGGCUGCUUAGCCAUAUGAAGUAAUGUUUUAUAGAUGACAUUCUUACAUUAAUAAUCUGCAGCCACUUCUCAGCACAUUCAGUCAGUGAUUACCAGCCAAGAAUGAGCAUUAAAGCAUAUUGAAUAUAAGACUGUUUAGUGUGAGGGGCAGCUGAUUUGUUUGCAGCUGUGUGUUUUAGUUUCUGUUCUGUUAAAAAUGAAAGCACAUCUGAAAUCUAAAUGUCAUGUCACUAGAGAAAGAGAGAAUUUUUACCUUCCUCAAACACAUUCAGAAUGGAAAAGCACUGUGAAAUGUUUUCAGAUGGUGGCAUUGAAGGUCAAACCCAAUAGCCCAUAUUGUUCACAGCUUCGACAGCAGCUAAACAAAACAAACAAACAAACAAAACACAUCCCAACAGAAAAAUUAAACUCCUCAUUGUGGAAAAUCACCACUCAUAUAUUCUAUUCUUUCAGCCAUAUGCAUAGACAACAGUUUUGGUUCUACAUUUUCCAUUUAUAUUUUGUAUUAUGUAUAUGUGUUCCCCUUUAUACUUGUUCUUAUGGAUCUUGUAGUAAAACUUUAAGUGGUAUUUUAACACAUUAAAGAAUAUGUCUUUCAUUUGCCUUUCAAAGAAGAAAAUUUUCACUCCCUGACUACAGGCUUUGACUUUAUUAUUAUUAUUUUAUUUUAUUUUAUUUUAUUU